AUGAAAAGGAAAGGAUGGGAAAGAGCAAUGAGUACAUUGGAGUUAGGCAACAACACCGAGGCGAAAUGGAAACCUAAUUUAUUUAUGCUCCUUGAUGAAGAGAAGCUGAAUAAGAUAAUUACGACAAGAUUAGAAACAAAACAACAAAAAAAGAACCCUCAGAAUUGUACAUAUAUAUUUCAUCAAAAAGAAGUUCUUAAUUAA